AUGAAUGAGCUGCGAAAAACCGGGAGCGACGAAACGCCACGUGUUCCAAGGGACCUGACCCCGAAGAAUCUCAACGAUUUUGUUCUUGAUACGACACCUGAAAGUACGGUCGCUACUCAAAAGGCAGAGCAGGCGAAAAAACUAGAAAAACGAAGGAUGGCACAGCAUUUGGAAAAGCUCGUGGAUCGAAGAGAUUUGGUGAUGCAAAAGUUCUACAGAAUACGAGAAGGUUUAAAAGCGCAGAACAUGAACGUUCACUGGCUCAAUUUGCAGCUCGAGACAAUACGUAAAUGUAACGAAGAAUCCGAGAAAGUGUAUGCUGAAAUUUGUGGACUGACGUCUAGAGAACAACGAGAAGAGCAUAUGCGAGAGUACUUACGCUGUGAAGAUAUGUAUAGUGCCUUAUAUGUUGACAUUCAGACGAAAAUGUCGCAACGAAAGGAAGAGGCCAACCAAGUCAAACUCGAUGCAAACGCUAUCCCUUUUCAUCCGCAGCAACCAAACGCAGUGAAUGCAUCUGGACCACACCUGCAAGUGCCGCUUCCGACAUUUGAUGGGAAUCUUGAAAAUUGGUAUUCCUUCAAAUGCAUGUUUCGCACGAUCAUGAGCAGAUAUCCAAACGAGUCACCAGCUAUCAAAUUAUAUCAUUUAAAAAACUCGUUGAUCGGAAAAGCUGCAGGUAAAAUUGAUCAAGAUGUGAUAAAUAAUAAUAAUUAUGAUACGGCUUGGAAGAUGCUUGAAGAUACAUAUGAAGACGAACGACUUAUAAUCGAUACGCAUAUUGAUGCUCUUCUCAACUUGCCAAGAAUGACGACGGAAUCCAGCGAGGAUUUACGUAAGCUAAUUGAUGCUACCACGAAGCAUGUCGAUGCGCUCUUGAGCCGAGAACUUGCUGUUGAGGGACUAGCAGAAAUGAUACUCAUUAAUUUGAUAUCCAAACGACUGGAUAAAGACACCCGAAAACUAUGGGAAUCGCAACUACCCAAAGAAGAACUACCGUCAUACACAGACUUGAUAGAUUUCCUUCGUGAAAGGAGCCGCAUUUUGCAAAAGUUAAAGGGUUAUUCUGAGCAGCGUGCACCAGUGGGAAUGUCAAAACGAGGAAAAGCAGAACAGAGUUUACCAGCAAAGAAUUUCAGCCAGACGACAAAGGAGUCCUGUUACUGUUGCAAUGGCGAUCAUUUAAUUUAUAAAUGCAACGAUUUCAGGAAACUCGAGUUAUCUGAUCGCUACUCGCAAGUAAAGAAAUCCGGUCUCUGCUUCAACUGCCUACGUCGAGGUCACCGUACUACGGACUGUAAGUCGGAGCAGUCUUGUAAAACAUGCGGAAGAAAACAUCACAGCCUUCUUCAUACGGAGAAAAUUGAACCAUCGAAAUCGCAGAAGGAAGACCCAAAGCCAUCGACGUCGACCUCCGAUGAUAACAACGCAACUAACGUACAACAGUCAAGAUCAGUGAACUGUUCCCAGUCUUCAUUGACAAGGAGGCAAAUAGUACUAUCAACCGCUGAAGUGCUAGUGUGUGGUUCGGGAAACUCAACGUGGCCGUGCCGUGCGCUUUUGGAUUCAGCGUCUGACUCGAACGUCAUGACAGAAAAACUUGCGAAAAAACUGAAUAUUCAAUUAGAAGAUGUGAACAUUCCAAUCAGUGGACUCAAUAAUAAUGAAACUCACGUGAAGUUCAAAGUGCAAACGAAAAUAAGAUCGCGUGUCAGUACGUUCGACGCCAUUUUAGAUUUCUUGGUGGUUCCAAAGAUCAUCACCAAUCUACCGACCGUCGAAAUGGACAUCCGUACGUGGCCGAUUCCUAAGGGAAUUGCGCUAGCCGAUCCGUCAUUCAACAUUCCAGACGAAAUUGAAAUGAUAAUUGGAGCCGAACUGUUCUUUGACCUACUCAAAGAAGGUCGAGUGCGACUCGGAAAAUCAAUACCUACACUGAUUGAUACACAGCUUGGGUGGAUCGUAAGUGGACCAGCACCGGCUGGUAAAAAGAAACUAGAACACACUUGUCAAGUGAAUGUUAGCAACGAUGAUCUCAAUCAAACGCUGACACGUUUUUGGGAACUGGAAACCUGCCAGGAAGCAUCACCUUUGACAGCGGCAGAACAUGCCGUUGAAACACAUUUUGAUAGAACGUUCACUCGAAACAAGCAUGGCCGCUACACCGUUAGAUUGCCAUUCAACGAUAGGAAAAGUCAACUAGGCGACUCCUUUGCAAUGGCAAAGCAUCGAUUUGACAAGCUAAUGCGAACAUUUAUCAAUGAGUCGAAGAAAAUCCGGUAUACGGAAUUCAUGGCAGAAUAUUUAGCCCUUGGUCAUAUGGUGGAAGUCAACGACACUCCAACUGAUUGUUACUUUCUCCCUCACCAUGCUGUGUAUAAAGAAACAAGUAGCACUACUAAAAUCCGAGUAGUGUUCGACGCUUCGGCGAGAACCACGACAGGUUUCUCGCUGAAUGAUGCACUCGAGAUAGGUCCGACUGUGCAAAGUGAUUUAGUCUCAAUCAUCUUGCGUUUCUGCAGCCACCAAGUGGUUUUAACAGCUGAUAUCCCUAAGAUGUACCGACAAGUACAAGUCCACGAAAAUGAUCGCAAAUAUCAACGCAUCCUAUGGUUAAACUCUGAAAAUAAAUUAGGAAUCUUUGAACUGACAACUGUAACAUACGGUUGUGCGAGUGCGCCAUAUCUGGCUACAAAAGUGCUGAUUCAACUGGCAACUGACGAGGCAAGCGAGCUUCCGUUAGCAGCAAAUGUAAUUAAAAAUGACAGCUAUAUUGAUGAUUUCCUUACUGGAGGACAAUCGGCAGCAGAAGUGAUCGAAGUUUACCGACAGCUUUCAGAGAUUCUGAAACGAGGUGGAUUUGGGGUACAUAAAUUCUGUUCAAACAGCGAAGCAGUACGAAAUUGCAUUCCAGCAGAACUCCAUGAAACACAGAUGAAUUUUGAGCACUCUGACAUCAAUAACACCAUUAAAACGCUUGGUCUUAUUUGGAAUCCGCGAGAAGAUUAUUUUAUUUUCCACGUAAAUUCACUCGACCCGAAAUAUGAAUCACUGCCAACAAAACGGAGUGUACUGUCCGACAUCGGCCGUUUAUUCGAUCCAUUAGGAUUUCUUGGUCCUAUUCUCACUACGGCUAAAAUUCAGAUGCAAGAUCUCUGGCGACGGGGGCUUGACUGGGACGAAGCACUCCCAUCAGAAGAACUUAAAAUGUGGACGGCAUUCCGACAACAGUUGCCGUUGGUUAACCAGAUGAAGAAACCCAGAUGUGUGAUUGAAAAUCAAGCUGAAUUUAUCGAGCUCCAUGGAUACUCAGAUGCUUCCAAAAAGGCAUAUGGCGCGGUUUUGUAUACCAGAUGCGUUUCAUCCGAUGGAAAGGUAAGCGUUCGUCUUGUUUGCAGCAAAUCCCGCGUCGCUCCGUUGAAGCCAUCCACUAUUCCACGGCUAGAACUAUGUGCGGCAUUACUGCUGGCUCAGCUAACGAAGAAAACUGUUUCUUCAAUGAAAAUUGCUUUUCGACGUGUGACACUUUGGAGUGAUUCGCAAGUGGUGUUGAACUGGUUGAAAAAGUCACCGCUUGCUUUGAACCAGUUCGUUUCGAAUCGUGUUGCAACAAUCAUCGAAUUGGUACCAGACUAUCAGUGGCGCUACGUUGCAUCCGAACAAAACCCAGCUGAUAUUAUAUCGCGUGGAACAAUGCCCUCCGAUCUUUUGAAACAAGAGUUAUGGUGGAAAGGAUCACCGAUGCUCUGGGCAACUGAGUUACAGCCUGGAAUCGGUUAUAUCGAAUUAGAUGACGCUGAACUUCCUGAAAUCAAAACUGCGACAGUGUGUGCGUCUGUUCAACAAACACCCACCAUUGAUUUUUCUCGUAUAAGUAAUUUUCGACGUCUGCAGCGAGCAUGGGCGUAUGUUUUGAGGUUCAUCAAUAACAUUCGCUUUAAAACAAGAAAUACAUCGCCACUCAGUGCAAAGGAAAUGAACGAUGGUCUUAUGAUAAUAGUAAAGCUGGUACAACAAGAAACAUUUAAAGAGCUUUUCAAGGUUUUGUCUAGCGGAUCAAAGAGAGGACAUGAACACAGCGGGUUGGCACCGUUCAUUGACCAGGAUGGCAUGAUUAGAGUUGGUGGACGGUUGAAGCAUUCAUCGAUUCCGUAUGAUGGGAAACAUCAACUCCUACUACCGGAAAAACAUCACGUGACCCGCAUACUUGUACGGCAAUUACACGAGGACUAUUUUCAUGUUGGACAGCGUGGGUUACUUUCUAUCGUACGUGAACGUUUCUGGCCUGUAAGAAUAAAGCAAAUCAUUAAACAAAUCAUUGGCAAAUGUUAUGUGUGCUAUAGACAUAAUCCUCGACCAGUAAACCAAUUUAUGGGAGAUUUGCCAGAUUAUCGUGUUACACCAUCAGCAGUGUUUUCAAAUACUGGAGUUGAUUACGCCGGUCCAUUCAUACUCAGGGAAAUUGGCAGAAAGACUACAACUUAUAAAGCAUAUAUUUCAAUUUUCGUGUGUUUGGCAACUAAGGCCAUCCAUAUGGAAUUGGUAUCGAACUUAACUACAGAUAAUUUUGUAGCUGCAUUGCAGCGCUUCAUAAGCAAACGAGGUAUGAUAAGCAAUAUGUAUUCGGAUAACGGAACAACUUUUGUCGGCGCCAAUCAUGAGUUGGUUGCACUGCGAAAACUUUUCGAGGAACAAGUACACCGCGACAAGCUGAACGACUUUUGUAUUGGAAAGGGUAUUCAAUGGCAUUUUAUACCUCCACGAAGUCCUCACUUCGGCGGUAUUUGGGAGGCUGGCGUAAAAUCGGCAAAGUACCAUAUGAAACGAGUCGUGGGUGAAACUAGGCUUACAUACGAGGAGAUGACGACGUUUUUAGCGCAGACUGAAGCAAUUUUAAACAGUCGACCAUUGUGCCCAUUAUCAGAUGACCCAAAUGAAGUUGCAGCUUUAACUCCGUCGCAUUUUUUAAUCAACCGAUCAGCUUUGAGUAUUCCGGAACCAUCAUACAAGGAAAUAAAGGUUGGGCGCCUGAGUCGUUGGCAGCAUGUCCAAUUAAUGCGAGAGCACUUCUGGAAACGUUGGUCAGCAGAAUAUCUUCAUCAUUUGCAAACACGACCAAAAUGGCACAGUGAAGUUAUCAACAUCAAAGAAGGAGCACUCGUGGUGUUGAAGGACGAUAAUGCACCACCAAAUCAGUGGCAUCUGGGACGAAUCAUAGCCACUCAUCCCGGGCGUGACGGAAUCGUACGAGUUGUCACCGUGAAGACCGCUGCUGGAGAAUAUCGCCGAGCUACAACAAAGAUUUGUCUACUACCGUCAGUUGAUUCGGAGGAAUCAACGGGGGGAGAAUGA